AUGCAAUAUAUACAUUUUGGAAAUUUGUAGAUGAUUAUUGAAGAUUUUAAUGAAAUAGAUUAGAAAAAUAAUAUUAGCUCUUUAUAGUAAUUGAUAGAAGUAGUAAUAGAGAGUUCAAAAAGAAUUGAAUUAAUUUAAAGUGAUUAAUUACAAGAAAUAAAAUAAGUAUAAGUAUAAGGAUUUAAAUGGAUAUUAAAUUUAUUUAAAUAAUAUGACUAAUAUAGAAAAGUAUUUAUUCUUAAAUAUCAAGAACUUAAUUGAAUUAAUUUUCCAAAUAUAGGAAGAAUAAAUCGAAUAUUCAAGAACAAUUUAAAUAUCAAAUUAUGAAAAAUUUAUAAUAAUAAAUAGAUUUAGUCAUUUAUUCUUUAUUUAAAUUAAUAUCCUCGAAAGUAUUAACAUUUGACAUAAAUAAAGAAUGAAUUGAUAAAAGUCAUAUUAAGUUCAUUUAAAAUUUUUAUAAGGAAAGUGAUUGAAAAGAUUGAUGUUAUAGGAGGAGAGAAACCAUUAAAUUUUCUUUAAUUUGAUUUGGAUAAUACAGAAAAAAUAUUGAAAUUUAAUCAGAACAAAAUCAGUCAAAUUUAGCUAUGGCUAUAUUAUUAUUUUAAGGUUAUAAAAAGAUUAAAAAUGCAAAUUUUCAAUUUUCAUCUUCAAAUUAAUAGUAGGAAUAGUAGGAUUAAAAACAAAAAUAAUUAAUGGAAAUUUAAACCAAAAUGUUCGAAAUAAUUCAUAGAUUAAAAGAUUAAUUAGAGAUGCUUCUUUGUGAAAUUAAGUUUGCCUAUCUUAGAUGAGUUGAAACAUUUACAGAUGAAGAAUUAGAUAGGAUAGUUUUUACAGAAUUAUAAGAGGAAUGGGUCUUAGAUUAUAUGGAAAAAGGAUAAGAUCUUUCAUUUUUAGCAGAUUUAUAAAAUUAUACAGGUAUCUUUGAUACAGUAUUAUUAAAUUAAAGUUUGA